AUGGCUACAUGUAGCCACGACAGAAGGUUCAUCGACAUUGUCGCCAAGUGGCCAGGGUCGCAGCAUGAUUCUUCCGUCAUGAACACCUCGUUGUUGAAGGAACACAUGGAGAGUGAGAGGCCAGGGAUGCUGCUGGCUGAUAGCGGUUAUCCACUCACUACCAGCCUGCUAACUCCGCUUGCUAAUCCCGUAACGCCUGCUGAAGCAAGAUAUAACAACGCGCAGAGCAAGGGAAGGAUGGUUAUCGAGCAGAGUUUUGGAAUCCUGAAAGGAAGGUUUCGAUGUCUCCACAAAACUGGCGGUGUGUUGAGUUACAGUCCCGAAAAGUCGUGUGCAAUUUUUAUGGCAUGUGCCAGGUUGCACAAUAUGUGUUUGGAUUGGGGUCUGACACUGGACGAUGCCCAAGUAGUGGACCCAGGCCAAGAUGCUAUGGAGGCCCGGAUGGGACAACCAUGCUUGCAGGUGCAAGAACUGCGACGACGAGUUGUGAACACUUUUGUAUGA